GUCAACCCGUAAGCUGAGAAGAUCCAAGUCCACGGAGAGAAGUCAGAAGGAAGCAGAAACCACGGGAAACACAACAGCUUCACUCUGAGACAAAAUGGCUUCACGGUCAGACGAGGAUCUCUGCUGUCCUGUCUGCUGUGAGAUCUUUGAAAAUCCCGUUGUCCUGCCGUGUAGUCACAGCUUCUGUAGAGACUGUGUGAAGAACUGGUGGUCGGAGAAAAAAAUAAAAGAAUGUCCAGUUUGUAGGAAAAGAUCAAAGAGUGAGCCUCCUUGUAACUUGGCCUUGAAGAACCUGUGUGAGGCCUUUUUACUGAAGAGAGAUCAGAACGGUCCAGAGAAGGUCUGCAAGCUGCAUUCUGAGAAGCUCAGACUCUUCUGCCUGGACCAUCAGCAGCCAGUGUGUCUUGUCUGCAGAGAUUCUAAAAUACACACUGGUCACAGGUUCAGACCCAUCGACGAGGCUGCAGAGGAUCUCAAAGACGAGAUCCAGAAGUACCUGAAGCCCUUGAAGGAAAAGCUGAAGCUUUUUGAAGAGGUAAAAGGAAACUGUGAUCAAACAGCAGCACACAUGAAGGUCCAGGCCCGACACACAGAGAAGAUGAUUAAGGACCAGUUCAAGAAGCUUCACCAGUUUCUAGAGGAGGAAGAGGAGGCCAGGAUCUCUGCUCUGAGGGAGGAAGAGGAGCAGAAGAGUCAGAUGAUGGAGAAGAAGAUGGAGGCACUGAGCAGAGAGAUAGCAGCUCUUUCAGACACAGUCAGAGCCACAGUGGAGCAGCUGAGAGCAGAAGACGUCUCCUUCCUGAACCACUACAAGGCUGCACUGGAAAGAGUCCAGCAGCGCCCCCUGCUGGAGGACCCACAGCUGCCAUCAGGAGCUCUGAUAGACCAGGCCAAACACCUGGGCAACCUGACCUACAACAUCUGGAUCAAGAUGAUGGACGUGGUCUCCUACAGUCCUGUGGUUCUGGACCCAAACACUGCUCAUCCCGAACUCCUCCUUUCGGAAGAUCUGACCAGUGUGAGGUUUGGAGAACCCCGGGAGCUUCCUGAAAAUCCAGAGAGGUUUGAUCGGUACCGCGUUGUUUGGGGCUCUGAGGGUUUCCACUCAGGGACUCACAGCUGGGAUUGUAAGGUUAGAGAUCAUAAAUCCUGGAGCUUAGGCGUGUCACAGCGCUCCGUUCAAAAGAAGGGGAAAGUCUCGACUGGAUACUGGGAAUUGUGCUUCAUGGAUGGGAAGUACGUAGCGGUCUCCCCGCCUCUGUCCAAUGAAGUCCUGCCGGUGAAGGAGAAGCUCCGGAGGAUCAGAGUUCAUCUGGACUGUGACGAAGGAGAACUGUCAUUCUGUGAUCCCGAUACUGACACACACAUAUUCACCUUCACACAGGUAUUCGCUGACACACUGUUUCCACACUUUGAAACCUUGAAUGAGCUCCCACUGAAGAUACUUCCAAACGAGGUCUUUGUGUCAACCAGCGAGAUUCCUAAAUGCUUCGGCUGAGAAAGCUUGGUGCUAGCAAAUGCUCAGAAGUAUCAUGCAUCAUGUGACACAUCAGUGAUACUCAACAAGUUCAAGGAGUAAAACAGAAAAAAAAACAAGUAUCUGAUUAUAUAAGUGUAUAGUUUCAGAAACAUAGGAACUGUGUUCGCGUAACAAUCUGAGCAUUUAUUUUGUCAAAAAUCUCCUAAAAUAAAUAUAUAAAUGUAGAAUAUUAAAGCAUAUAUCUUUUUGUACAUGUAUACCGAAUAGAAACAUUUAUUUUUACUUCUACUUUCAUACUUUGACUUUAAUAGCUAGAAAUCCUGCACUGACAGUUAUUGCAUCAGCCUGACUGCUACUGCUGUCAAAUGUGUCGAGACGUAAAGAUUCAAUGUUGCGUAAAGUUACGAAUUAGACGGAAGAGGUUUUAUUCUCUCUGGCGCCGGGGUUACAAAUGUUGUUGUAAUAUUGCCUCAAACGUGUGAUUUUAAAAAAUAAUAAAGAAAAAGGUUUUGGUCAAAAAUUGUCGAGAAUUCUUUUGUGCAACAAUCACAUAUAAAAAAUGAGCGGCAGCACACAGAACAGAACAAAUAAAUUAGUUCUUGUCUCUACAUUUUGAUUAAUUUCAUAACAGACAAAAAUAAGUGGAGUAUUUAAGGCACCAGAUAUGCUGACUAGAAAUCCCAAAUAUAAAACUGAUAAGAUUGGAUCCUGCAUUUUCCCAUGAUGCAACACUCUAGCAUUUGAUUUGACCCGCUUUGCCUUGUGAACAUUCACACCUCGUCUCCAACCUCCCUGACUGAAAAUUCCCACACAAUGACAUCAUCAGCGAUGACAUCACAAACAUUUUCACAGGCUGAUGUGAUCACAACCGGAAACUGGAUCCUAAUUUGAAUGAUGAAGGAAAAAGACACUUCAAAA